UUACCGGAUACUUCGCUUUACAAACUGUGCAGCGACAGGAACAUCAAGUUAAACAAACAAAUUAACCUUCAUCUAUGGGAUCAUAAUGUACAGUGACACAAAAAGGGCUUAAGCAAGCCUUCGUUGAUUUUAAUGGACUACAAAGGACAAAAGAGGUUCUUGUUAUCACUAACGAAGAACCUUCUGCUAAGUAAAGGAUUCCUUCUACGGGUUGGCUGAGUUCAGCGACCCUUGUGGAAUACGCAUACGUGGUCCACAGUUCUCCAACUGACAUUUCUGCCAUGUUUUCUGUAUAUAUCUAUGUUUUUUUACUGGAGAUAUGUUCCAUAACACCCAGGCGAGUCACUUCAAAAGAAAUUAACGUUUUGGACGACAAAGGCACAAACCAAAGGGAACGUUUGUUCACUGUACACGAGUUUCAUUACUUGAACGUGCUUCAAGUUGGAGCGCCUAUGGUGUAUGACGACUUAGACUGCACCUUCAAAUGCCUUCACCAUCCUUCAUGUAUUUCUGUGAAUCUGGCCGCUGAAGGAGGACUGUGGUGUGAACUACUAUCGUCUGAUAAGGACAGCAACCCCGAGGAGUUCAGACAAAACAAGAGUUCACAUCAUUAUUACAUCAUCUCACCUUGUUCAAACAAUCCGUGCCACAAUGGAGGGACUUGCGUGGCUUUCAAUGAUGAAGAGACGUUCAAAUGCGUAUGCAAAAGCGGUUUCAUCGGAGAACAUUGUGAGAGAGACAUUGAUGAGUGUUCUGCAGGAAAACACAACUGCAGUGCUAAAGCUGUAUGCAGCAAUAACAAAGGAUCGUACUGCUGUAAUUGUAAAUCGGGAUAUUCUGGAGAUGGACGAACUUGUGAAGAUUUCGACGAAUGUUCAACCACUGAAACCCAAAACUGCAGUGCUGAUGCUGUGUGCAGCAAUACCAGGGGAUCGUACAAGUGCUUUUGUAAACCUGGAUACUUCGGUGAUGGAUGGACUUGCGAAGAUGUUAAUGAGUGUUCUGCAGGAAAACACGACUGCAGUGCUGAUGCAGAGUGCAAUAACACCAAGGGAUCGUACCACUGUACGUGUAAACCUGGAUAUUCUGGAGAUGGACGGACUUGCAAUGUAUCGACGUGCAAAGAAAUUCACGCCAAGAAUAUAUCGAACGUGAGUGGAAUAGUGACGCUGUACCACGAUUCAAACCCGGUUUCUGUUUACUGUCACAUGACAAAUUUUGGUUGUGGAGAUGGAGGAUGGACUCCAGUUAUGAAAACUGAUGGCAACAAGGUGACUUUCCACUAUAAUUCAAGCCACUGGAUUAGCAAGUCUGCCUACAAUCUUCCGGGAGGUGAGACUGGAUUUGACUCACAUGAGACCAAGUUACCAACUUAUUGGAACACACCCUUCGAGAAGAUCUGUCUAGGCAUGAAGACCGAUAACCAAACUAGGUUCAUCGUCAUCAAUAGGAAGGCUGUCUCUCUACACUCACUGAUUGCUGACGGGAAAUAUCGCAACACGUCACUAGGUCUCAACACUUGGAAAUCGCUGAUUGCCUCAAACGCCUCUUUGCAGACUAGCUGUGUUAGAGAAGGGUUCAAUGCUGUGUGUGGCAACCAAAAAGCGUCAAAGGCGAGAAUUGGUAUCAUUGGUAACGAUAAAGAGGCGUGCAGCGACUGUGAUUCUAGAAUAGGAUUUGGAACAGGAGGAUUUCAAGAUGAUUCUAACACUUGCGGAAACGAAGCAACAUACCACUCUGACAAUGGAAGUAAGCACAUCAAAGCCAUGGGAUACAUCUUGGUGCAGUAACUCUAACUCCCUCCCUACCCUUACUACAACUGAAACGAUCCAACUGUGCGCUGAGAUACCAGCACCCUUAAAUCUAGCUUCAUAACAAUUUCGAAAAGCGCUCAUAGAACGUCUUCAUAGUAAUAAAACCAUUUGAGUAGUGAUCUAAAGUUAUUAAAUACCCUUCUAACAUAUCGAUGCAAUUAGAGACAGUUUCGAAUGGCGCCUCUAUAAAGUCCUAUAGGACUAAAAACAAGAAAAUUUAAGUGGCCAUGAAACAUACUAUAAUUACUUCACAAUGGCUGAAACAUAUUUGAAACCAUCCAAUUAAGGCCAUUCUACUCGGAGACAAAAUCACAAAGAUCUAUUUCACUCUCCCCACCUUGUAUCUAAUAGAGGCUUUCUUCCCUAAAACUCACCAAAGCUGCCGGAUAACCCAGCCUAUGGCCACUUCCGUUUCCGGAAAGGAAUGAAAGAACAAAAGUACAAAAGGACCUGUGAGUUAAGUCAUUGGGUAUAGAAAAAAAAUUGCGCAAGUCGCUGCAGUGACACCCACCCUUCUUUCCUUGGGAAGGCUUUUCCUUAAAUCAGUUUAAUGAAAUAUUACGUACUCCCAUAUUUUGAGCCAGUGAGAGGGUCACAAAAGGGCGAGAAAAGAUCGAGGGCUAUUGAGUAGAGUAGAGGCUUGAAACCCUAUGCUUACUCUGAUUCCCUCUUUUACUGCCAGCUUGUUUGGUCACCCCCACUGCUGUGAGACAAAGACGGGUGAAAGUAAGCGAAAGAAGCCCGUGGGUUCAUCAAACGAACACAAAAGCAAC